UUGCCAUGCUUUUAAUGGAGUAGGGUAAAGUCACAUUGAACACUGCUCCUACUCUCUCUCUCUCUCUCUCUCUCUCUCUCUCUCCACCGCUUGGAGGAAUCGGACUGAGUUCGCCGGAAGUCUCAGAGCUCAGAACCUUUUCUGGCGAAGAUUUGCCGGCGAUGUGUAAGCUUCGGUUACUGGUGUGCCUUCUACUUCUUUGCUCGGCAGCUUUGCCUGCUGCUCGAGGAUCUACCAACACAACCGGAACCAGUUUUUGGAAGACCUUAAAUGGAAAUGCGCCUUUAGUCAUAGCACGUGGUGGCUUUUCAGGGCUAUUUGCUGAUUCCAGUACAGUUGCAUACCAGCUGGCCGGAAUGGUUAGUUUACCCAAUGUGAUCUACUGGUGCGAUGUACAACUGACAAAAGAUGGAGCUGGCAUUUGCAGUCCUGAUCUCACGCUUGAGAAUAAUUCUAACAUUGAAUCUGUUUUCAAAAAUAAGUAUAAUACCUACUCCGUUAAUGGGGUAUCUAUGCAAGGAUGGUUUUCUGUGGAUUUCACCCUCAGUGACCUGGCAAAUGUCAUUUUAACUCAGGGAAUUUAUUCUCGACCCGAUAAAUUAGAUGGUAGUCUGUUCCCAUUCCUUACUGUUCAAGAUGUGGCAAAGCAAUUGAACCCACCCGGAUUAUGGUUGAAUAUUCAGCAUGAUGCAUUCUUCAGCCAGCAAAGCUUCAGCAUGAGAAGCUUUGUACUUUCUGUAUUUAAAAGUGCUAUAGUUAAUUAUAUCUCUUCUCCGGAGGUGGACUUCCUAAGGAGUAUAUUGUCUCGCAGACCAAGCACAACAAAACUCAUUUUCCGGUUUCUGGGGCAAGAUGAAGUUGAGCCUUCUAUUAACCAAACUUAUGGUUUUCUAUUAAGUAAUUUGACAUUUAUCAAGACAUUUGCUUCCGGAAUUCUUGUUCCCAAGUCUUAUAUAUGGCCUGUAGAUAAUCUAUAUUUACAGCCUCAUACCUCAGUUGUUUUGGAUGCUCAUAAAGAAGGUCUAGAAGUUUUUGCGUCAGAUUUUGCAAAUGACGUACCUUUUGCCUACAAUUUCAGUUAUAACCCUGUAGCUGAGUAUCUAUCUUUUAUUGACAAUGGAAACUUCUCUGUGGAUGGUGUGCUUUCUGACUUCCCAAUAACUCCAUCAGCGGCCAUAGCUUGUUUCUCUCACAGAGGCAGAAAUGUGUCAGGACCAGAGUUUUAAAAGGCUUUCUUGAGGCUCGCCUCAAUGCUCGCCUCGCCUUGAGGCUAAGAAAAGCCUUUGGUUAUCUCAUCAAAAGGAUCGAGUGGGGACUACACUGGUUGUACUGAUUUGGCAUAUCAACGUGCCAUUUCAGAUGGUGUAGAUGUUCUUGACUGUCCUGUUCAAAUGACGAAGGAUGAGAUACCGGUUUGCUUAGGCUCUAUUAAUCUUAUAGAUUACACAAAAGUUGCUCAAUCAAGUUUUAGCAACCUUACGACAACUAUUUCAGAACUUGGAGUAGUCAAUGGGAUAUUUCCCUUCAGCCUCACAUGGAGCCAGAUUCAGAGUUUGACUCCGGCAAUAUCGAACCCGUUUAUAGCUUCCCAAUUGUACCGGAAUCCAAAAUUCAAAACGCUGGAAAAUUUAUGACGCUGUUUGAGUUUCUGGCCCUUGCAAAUAAUGCCAGUUCUGUUUCUGGUGUUCUGAUCAGCAUAGAGGAUGCAGUAUUCCUAGCAGCAAAUCAGAGUUUAAGUGUAACUGAUGCGGUUCUUGAUGUCUUAAGAAAUGUUAGUCAAAAUAAUCACAGGCAAGAAAAUUAUGAUUCAGUCAACCGACAGCUCGGUGUUGAUCAAGUUCAAGGAGGAGAAAAGCAAUUAUGAGCUCGUUUACGUUGUCGAUGAAGAUAUCCAUGAUGCUGAUAAUUCAACCGUUGCAGAGAUCACGAAGUUUGCUAAUUCCGUGGUUGUCAGCAAGAGCUCCGUCUUUCCUAACAGUGACGCAUAUCUUACUGGUACAACAGAUGUCGUACAGAAACUACAUGCAUUCAAGCUCCCAGUGUUUGUAAAACUCUUCAGAAAUGAGUUUAUAUCUCAAGCUUGGGACUUCUGCUCAGAUGCAAUCGUGGAGAUCAACUCAUUUGUCAUGGGUGCUGAAAUUGAUGGUGUCAUCACAGAAUUUCCUGGAACAGCUGCUAAAUACAAGAAGAACCGAUGCUUGGGAUUGGGAAAUAAUACUCCUUAUUAAAUGAGCCCUGUUCAGGCUGGUGGUCUCUUGCAACUCAUGGCUGCUCCAGACUUGCCACCCGCUCAAGCUCGUAACCCUAUCCUGACAGAAUCCGAUGUGGUUGAGCCACCUCUGCCCUCUGUGGUGGUGAAUAGCCCAACUUCUGACAUUGGCAAUGUAACUAUUUCACCAACUACAACCCCAUCAAAUGGGCUGCCUAAAGUUGUUUCAUUCAUCUUCUUGUCAUAUCCAGCUUCUCUCCUUGCUACUCUUGCCCUAUUCUGAAAACGUAUCACCCUACACAUGCUUGACCACAUGGGAGCUCGGCACGAUCAAAUGGGUAGUUCUUUUUUUUGUUUCCUAAACUGCAUCAAUCGUUUUGUGUAUCAUUUUGCAUUUUGUAGGUGUGUUCAUUCCUCCCCAUGCAUAUCCCUGAGACCGUGUCAUGAUGGAUUCUUCAACCACCAGGCAUUGUUAGCUGUUCAUUCAUGUAGUUUAGUUAAAUGAUUAUUCUUUGGUGUGUAUUAUGAUCGACACAGAUAAUAAACUGUGUUCGGUAAACUGAGCAACCAGCCUCUCUGUUUACAUCAAGUGCUUGAACUGGACUGCUGAAAUUUGUAAAUUAUUGUAUUUAUAUGCUUCAAAAUC